GGUUUAGAGUAGAGCUGGAGCUCUUUGAGGAACACACAGUGAGAUCUUUUCUUGUUUGUUUUGGUUUGGUGUUUUUUUUUGUAAAAAAUAAAAAAGAGAAUCUUUAUUAGAAGUCAGGAUGAAUGUCUUGCAGCUGGUGGCUUGUGGACUAAUGCUGAGUCUUGUGUUGGUCAGAACAGAGGCGAGACCCACAACACCGAGCCAGCACAAGGCUCUGGAAGCUCUGUUUGGAGAAGAGCUGGCGGAUUUUCUGGCUUCAGGUGAACGCAGGAUGCGACUGCUAAGGGAACUCCGCACGGACACUCGCGCCAAGGGCAUGUGGGCACGCUUCGUUAAUGACCAGAACGGCGCAAGGAGGCAAAAAUCUGGAAAUAAGAAAGGAGGAAGCACCACCAGAAGCGGCUGCUUCGGACACAAGAUGGACAGAAUAGGCACCAUCAGUGGGAUGGGCUGCCAACCAGCAUAUUACCCGUCCACAAAUAACCUCUCCUGAGUAUUUGCCAAGAUGACGAGUUUUCGGACAUUGGUGACUUUAUCCUUUUUGAGGAAAAGCCUUUGAAAAAAUGAACG